CAAGUGCUACAACUCUGCAGGGUGCCUCUGCAGUAUAGCCACCACCAGGAGGCAGCUGAAGUAACUGCUAUCUUCGGAGGACUGCUUUUAAGAACAAGGAGGCCUCCAGCUGCUGCGGCCCGAGCAGAAUCGCGUCCAUGAUGGCUGCCGUCCGGCUCCGUGAAUUCAUUGACCGCCGCCCAGUGAUCCCACCCAGUAUAUUCAUUGCUCGUCAAGGACAAGACCUCCGAGGCUAUUACCCUGGGCAGCUGGCAAGAGUCCAUCCUGAUUAUAGUGUGAGGAGGUCUCCCAGACCUCUCAUAGACUUGGCAAUUCCACCCAAGAGAACAAGUCAGUAUCAACCUCAACUAGAUCAACAAACUCUCAUUCGAUAUAUUUGUUUUCAAAGACGUUCAAAGCCUGUUGAACCAUGGUAUAAAGAAACCACGUACCAAAGAGACUAUUCUCUGCCCUUUUACAAGAUGGAUUGGGACCAGAAAUUAGCCACAGUUUCAUCGAACCCUAGACCGCUUAAUUCACUGCCUGAGCUCUACUGUUGUGAAGAGAGGAAGCUCUGAAAGAAAAGCUUUUUAGCUAAAAUGACCAUGGCAUUUGAACAAAACAACAUGUGAUGUUCUUAGGUGGCUCUUCGGAACUAAAAUAAUGGUUACCAAACUACUUUUAAUUUAAGUGUGUAUCCGGAUGGCUAUAAUCCUAAAAUAUUUACAUGUUGCAAAUUCUUUUCAGAUUAAGUGGGUCAGCCUAGGGCAGGGAAUCAAGAUCCAGCCUUAAGAGGACUCGUCAUCUCUUCUCAGCCUCAAGACUAGUGUUGUUGCUGGUGCUGGCAAACCUUCUUCCAUUUAGUCCAGUGGUCGUCUGCUCAAUAAUUGCAUGACUGCUUAGAAAACAAAAAACAAAAAAGAACCUGGGUAUGUAGCCAAGGGAGAAGACUACCAGCACCAGAGACUGAAGGUGCUCUGGGUGCAGAAACCCAGAUAUGGCACAGGGCUUUAGUGAGAUGUGGGACUGGUCAAGAGAAGGAUUCAUUGAAAGUCUGUAGACAGAAGAGUUAGCACCCCUACGUUGGCAAGAAGAAAGCCUGACAACUAGGCAUCAACUCCCCAGGCAAAAAAGCUAGAGGGUCUUCUCUAAAGAAAUGAAACUAUCCCAAAGAAAAGAAUCCUUCAUCUGGCCCCUAGGAAUCCCCCAGCAUGCUAGUUGGUUCCCUACUCAAUAUCCCAAAGUGAAGCCUACCAGUUAACAAACUUCCCACAAGAACAGUUUCAUAUAGCUUCCCAUUGCCUUAGUCUUAGAUGAGAAGAGCCAAGCAAGGGUGACCAGAGUUGAAAAAGUCAUGCAACAUAAAAGACAAAGACAAAAUAAAUGGAAGAAACAAUUCCAGAGGAAGGAGAAUUCAGGGAACACAAAACAACCUAAGAACUUUAACAUAUGACAAAGGGAUGUGUCAAAAGAAUGACAUCCAUAAACAUUGAAAAGCAAUCUUUCCAAAGCUCUCGGAAAUUAAACAUAUGAUUACUGAAAUUAAAAAUUUGACAGGAUUGGGAGAAAAUUCUGAAAAACUCUAUAUAGAAUAGAAAAACAGGUAAAAUGAUUUUUUAAAAAAAGAAGAGACAUAGAGUAAGUCAGGAGACCCACCAUCUGACUAAUAAGCAUUCUAGAGACAGAACAGAGAAAAAAUUAUCAAGGAAGCAUUUUCACAGAGCUUAGGACCGGAAGCCUCCCAAAGGAAAGGGCUUCUGCUGUUCUCCAGCACA